AUGCUCCUUGGCCAGCUGACCACUUUUCUGUGCCUGCUCAGCGGGGCCUGGCUGCCCACAGGCUUAGGCCUGGAACUUGUACCCCAAGGUCUCUCGCUUAAGCCCUGGGCUACUGCCAAUAGGACCUGGGCUCUGAGCAGAGAGGCCUCGGGCCCCCAGAUGCCAGCCUCUGCCCUCAGCAGCUGGAAGGCCUUCUUGGGCCUGCAGAAAACCAGAUGGCUGGAAACCAUGCAGAGUAGGAAGGGGGUGGCCACUGCCACCACUGUGUCUCUGCCACUGGACCCACAGGAAGUAGCCCGGGAGACAUGCAAAGCCACGCCCUUUACUCAGGUGCUCUCCCGCCCUGGCUGUACAGCUGCCCGCCUGCGUAAUCACCUCUGCUUCGGCCACUGCUCUUCUCUCUACGUCCCCAGCUCGGACCUCUCCCCUAUUGUCCUCUGCAGUAGCUGUGUCCCCACUCGCAAGCGCUGGACAUCUGUGGUCCUGUGGUGUCGAGUGGGCAGCCCAGCGUUCCGUCGGCAGGUGAAGAUGUCCACCAUGCUGGUUGAGGGGUGUCAAUGCAGCCCGAAGUCAUGA